AUGUCUGUGGUGAAAUCCAUCGAGUUAGUAAUGCCCAAAGAUGAGGUCUACCUGGCCGGCUCGAACGUAGAUGGGCAGGUGAUCCUCACCCUCAACAGCACCCUGGUGGACCCUGUCGUGAAGGUGGAGCUGGUCGGCAGGGGUUACGUCGAGUGGAAUGAAGAAAUCGGAGAGACCCGUGAUUAUAGCAGAGAUGUUAUUUGCAAUAAUAAGGCGGAUUACGUACAUAAAACAAAAACAUUCCUAGUGAAAGACAAUUGGUUAAGGGCAGGCAGCCACACCUUUGACUUCCAUUUCAACUUACCUCCCAGGCUUCCGUCCACCUUCAACAGCAAGAUCGGCCACAUCUCCUACUUCGUGCAGGCCCUGUGCAUGGGCCGGGAGCACAUCCUGGCCAAGAAGAGGCUAUACUUGCUGGUCCAAGGCAUUUCUGAUUUCUGCCAGCAGAACCUAAUCCAGAACCCCGUGUCCGUGGAAGCCGAGAAGAAAGUGGUGUAUAGCUGCUGCAGCCAGGGCUGGGUGAGGCUGCAGGUGCUGAUGGGCAAGAGCACCUUCGCGCCGGGUGAGAGGGUGACGUUCACGUCCGAGAUCUGCAACCACACGGGCAAGUACAUCAAGACGGUGGUGUUCGCCCUGUACGCCCACAUGCAGUACGAGGGCUUCACGCCCAACGCCGAGAGGCGCUGGCGGGCAGACAGCAGCGAGCUGCUGCGGCAGAUGGCCAACGCGCGCAUCCCGGCCUUCAACAGCACCACGGUGGUCAGUGCCUUCAACCUGCCGCUGGUGCUGUCUCUGAGCAACAGCUUCCAGGAGAACGAGAUCCUGCGGACCAGCUACGAGCUUGUGGUCACCAUCCAUCUCCCCUGGUCCUUGUCGGCCGUCAAAGCCCGGGUCCCCAUCAUCAUCACCAGUACCAGGGAAGACAAGGGCUACUGCUGCCAGGAUGAGUCGCCAAAUGACAAUCAACUGGUUUGA